AUGGUUAAUGAGAAUCUGGGUACGAUCUGGAAUGUUCAUGUGGUUCACGCUGACCUCAGUGAAUAUAGAGCAUUGGAUGAGAAGUGCAUCAAAUUGGCAGAGCUUGCUGCCACAGCAGUUAAUUUCCCCAAAACUGGAAAGAAUUUGGGCCGGGCCGGGGAUGUGGAGAUAGUAAUGUUGAGCAUUGCUUGGAUAGCAGUUGAUUACCUUGCUCGGAUCAAAAUUAAGUGUGGCGGAGAUGGAAAUGCUGACCUCACUAAGCCAAUCAAUGCUUUUGCGACGUAUGUUGCUGAUCUGAUAAGACGGAGACGGAUAAUCAAAGCUGUUUGA